AUGGUAACUGACCUUAGAUUUUGUACGGCCCGAAUUGCCCAACCAAAUAAACGAUUGACAGCUGCAGAGAAACCUAUAAACUUAUUGAAUAAUUCUACAGAUCGUCGAUUUGUUUUUGAAGUAAUAUCCUCAGGCCAUCGAACAUAUUAUUUACAGGCUAUUAACGUAAAUGAAUUGGAUAUUUGGGUUAAUACUUUACGAUCUGGUUUUCAUGAUUUAUGCCAGACUAGUGAACCACAUUAUUUAAAGAAUGGAAUGGUGAAAGAAAAUUUUGUCAGCAAUUCGCUGGAUCUGUUAACUUCUCGCAGUCCAACUCAAAAUAGUUUGGACUUUUCUAACAGCCCAACAACUAGUUCUGUGUCAGGAUUCCCGAAUGGUCGUACGAAUGAUCAUUUAGCUCAAGUGUCCCAUUCAUCUAUUUCAGGCCAAGAUGUAUUGAAUAACAAAAGUGGAAUUAUGCUAUGGCGUGAGCCUGAUUUGUCUGGUAAUCGUUAUUGUGCUGAUUGUUCUGUAGGAGAUGCAAGAUGGGCAAGCAUUAAUCUGGGUGUGACAUUAUGUACAUUAUGCGCUGCAGUUCAUCGCAGUUUAGGUGUUCAUAUUUCUAAGGUCAGAUCAUUGACCCUAGACAACUGGCAACCGGAAUUAUUACAUGUCAUGUUGAAUUUAGGUAACAAACUUGUAAAUGAAAUUCUCGAAUCAAAUUGGCAACGUUAUGCAUCAGAAUUUCCUCGUUUAUCAUCUGACACACCAUUUGAGCAACGUAAAGCUUGGAUUGAUGCUAAAUGGGUUCGUUUUAAAUUUGCUCGUCUUUCUCUACCACUUGAAGAAAAAGUUUCUGAUUCAACGGAAGCUGUUCAGUGGAUUAAACAGCUAUAUGAUAAUUGGCAAGAAACAUGUGCUCAAAUACGUCAGGAUUUUCCGGAACUUAUCUAUCAUCCUAAAUCGUCAUCUUCAUUACCAUCAAUUUGUAUAUCAAGUAGUCCCGACAGGAAAUUAACUCGACAUAAUAUUCGUCGAUAUACUCUUCUAAACGAACUGUUAAAUACUAUCAAAACCUUAUAUGAAAAAAACAAGUCAAGCAUAAAAAACGGAUCAAGGGCACAUUCAAGAUUAACUGAACAGAAAAUUGCUGCAAAUUAUUUAGUUAGUUUUGGUGCUCGACUUGGUUGCCCACUUCUUAUUUUAUCCGGUCUUACUGGAGGUGGUAGUCCAGAUGGAAAAUCAAAAACUGAUGAAAUGUCUACCAGUAGUUACCCUCCACUAAUACUGGCUUCACGUAUUGGUUCUAUAGCAGCAUGCGAAUUUUUACUGUUAAAUGGUGCAGAUAUUGAUAUAAAAGAUGACCGUGGUCGAACGGCACUGCAUCACGCUUGCCAAUUCGGUCGUGUUCAUCUGGUCUGUUUGUUAUUACGUCGACGAGCUAAUCAGCUGAUCUCGGAUAAUGAUGGCAAAUCACCAUUGGAUGUAGCAUUACAGUUAGCUAAUGCUGAUAUUGUAACAUUGCUACGAUUGCAACGGUUAAAUGAGACUGCUAAGAAAUCUGACUUCACAUUGAACGAUGAAACAGUCGAUGAUGUAUUUCGCGACUUCACCUCUCGUACUUACUAUUUGAAUUGUGAUGAUAAUUUCGAUGAUGAUGAAGUUGAUGACCACAAUCACGAAAUAGCAAAUCAGAAUCUUGAAUCAUAUAACCUCUCUCCAUUACAUUGUCUACCAAAACCAGAAAUAACAUACACUACGAAUAAAGUUAUUAAAAUCCGACCAAAUUAUGGAGUGAGUUCAUCGAUUCCCAGUAGUAAUAGUAGUACUAUUAGUAGUAGUACUAAUACUACCAACACUACUUCUACUAAUAUUACCAUCACAUCAACUCCUACCACCAAUCGUGAAAUUCUUAUUGUGACUUCGCCUACUAAUCGUGAUUUUACUAGUCCAACUGGUUUAUCUAAUGGUGCUGUUGAUAUUCGGCGGCGACGUGACAAAAUUAAAAAACGUUCUGACUUGUCUGAUAAAAUAUAG